AUGAGCCAGCAACGCAAGCAGCAAAGAGAAGAGGACAUUCAGCUUUUACUUGCAGUUAAAGCACACCUUGGCACUCCUAAUGUUUCAGAGCAAAUGAAGCCUUAUGUUUUCCAAAAACGUGCAGAUGGCUUAAACAUCAUCCACCUAGGCAAAACCUGGGAAAAAUUGAUGCUGGCAGCCAGAGCUAUCGUUGCUGUCGAAAACCCAAGCGACGUCAUAGUCAUCAGCGCUCGUCCUUAUGGCCAACGUGCAGUCCUCAAAUUCUCUCAAUACACUGAAACCUCUUAUCUCGCUGGCAGAUGGACUCCAGGUACUUUUACAAACCAAAAAAUCCCUAAAUUCAUGGAGCCAAGACUUAUCAUUGUGACAGACCCACUUACAGACCACCAAGCUUUAAUCGAAGCUUCAUAUGCGAAUGUCCCUACUAUUGCAUUUUGUGGUUAAGCAUAAAAAAAAACUUAUGUGGUAGUUUUGCACUAAAUAUUCACCUAUAAAAAUUAAUAGUAAUUUUUUAAAAACUGCUUUGGAAACCGAUUUACUCUUGCUUUUCUUAGAAAAAUGUAAUGUAAUUUGCUACAUAGACUUAACCCAUUUUGUGAUACAGACUCACCAAUGAAAUUUGUCGAUAUUGCGAUCCCUUGCAAUAACAAAGCUAAGAACUCAAUUGCUAUGAUGUAUUGGCUUCUAGCAAGAGAAGUGCUUUAUUUAAGAGGAGCCUUAAGCAGAUCACAACCAUGGGACGUAAUGGUCGAUUUAUUCAUAUGGAGAGACAUUGAAGCUGAAGAAAGAGCUGCCAAAGAAAAAGGAGAAGCAGUAAGAGAAACUAGACAGAGAAGAAAAGAGCAGUAUGAUGAAGCAGGAAACGAGGAACCAGCUGAAGGAGUAGCUAACGAAGAAAACUGGGGCGAACAAGACAACUGGGAUGCAGUACCAGAAGGUGAGGGACAACCAGCCGCAGGUUGGGAAUAAAUAUAAUAAAUUGUAUAAAGUAAUAUUUAUUUUAUAUAAGAAUUAGUUCUAUAUUAUUUAUAAUUUAAAGA